UCUCAUAAGGAGACCAGUUGUAUACGGUACGAGAAAGGUGAAUCUGGAAAGAUUAGUACACCAAACUAUCCGUCACCAUACAGUUCAAAUGAUAAAUGUCGAUGGCUUAUCGAAGGACCAGUUAAUUCACGAAUACACCUCUCAUUUGAAGGUUUUGAAACAGAGGAAUACCAAGAUUUGGUCACUAUUUUGGAUGGUGGUCCAGCUGAAAAUUCGUCAGUUGUUAUGGGUAUUUUUUCUGGCAAAGAGGUACCAGAUGCUAUGACUUCUAGUACCAAUGUUAUGAUCGUUAAAUUUGCUAGUGAUGCACAAGUGCAAGCACGUGGAUUUCAAGCUAACUGGAGAACCAUUACCGUAGCCUGCGGAGGUACUUUGAAAGCUCAACCGUACGGUCAAACGUUGUCGAGUCCAGACUAUCCAAAGCCAUAUCCGAACGGUUUGGAAUGCGCAUGGACCAUUGACGCACCAAAAGGCCAACUUAUUUCACUUAAUGUGGAAGACUUGGAUUUGGAAUCAGCGCAUGAUUUUUUACUUAUCUAUGAUGGUUCAUCACCGUCCGCACCAGUCUUGGCCAGAUUAUCAAAAGCUUAUUCACUACCACAGCUUAUUACUUCCAGCCAAAAUCGUCUCUACAUAUACUUCUACUCUAAUUAUGCUCAAAAUGGCCGUGGAUUCAGUAUUGUUUAUAAAAGAGGUUGCUCAAACACAAUACGUCUGAAUGAUGGGGUUAUUGUAUCGCCUGGUUACAACAAAGUCCCGUAUCCAAAUUCACAAAAGUGUAUUUAUUCAGUAGAAUUACCAAAUGGCAAAAUUGACCAACCAUUAGCAUUUAUUAUAAAUAGUUUUGACGUAGCCGACGACGAUAGAUUUUUGAUGUACGAGGAAACUGAAGGCGGAAGACCAUUACAUACGGGUGAUGGAUUUAGUGCGGUUAAUCCGCCAGCAAAAAGUAUUUUCUCACAAAAGAGUAUCGUACAAAUUGUUUUCCACACCAAUUCAAUUCGCAAUGGUCUUGGCUGGAACAUAACUUUUUCAACUAAUUGCCCACCACUAAUAACACCAAAGUUGGUAUCUUUAUCCACCAGAACGUCAGCAUUUGGAACCAAAGUAACCGUAUCAUGUCCGAGAGGUUAUGAAUUUGUUACCGGCCGAGGACAAAUGUUUGAUGUUACCUGUGAGCUUGGUGGAAAAUGGACGGAAAGUCGAAUUCCAGAUUGCCAACCGGUUUAUUGUAAAGCAGUUCCGCAAAUCGCUAAUGGCUUUGCUUCAUCGGCUACAAACGUUUCAUUUGGCGGUUCGUCAAAAUACAACUGCUAUGACGGUUUCAGCUUUCCAAGUGGAAAAACCACAGAAGAAAUUUUUUGUACCGAUGAAGGAAGAUGGACACCAACCCCUUCUUGCAAAGCUCAAACCUGCCCAGCUCUACCACCAUUCACUAACGGGGAUCGCAUAUUAGAAUUCGGAGAUGGUACUGGCUACGGUACCGUAUUUCGUUUCGAAUGCGCUCCUGGAUUCAAACGAACUGGUGCUGCAACACUUUUAUGCCAGGCAACUGGUGAAUGGUCGUUUGAACAACCUUAUUGCAAAAAGUUAUCAUGCACAAAUGUUCCAAGAAUCGCAAAUGGUGUUAUUGUAACUGGUGAAAAAUUUGAAUUUGGCGAUUCGGCACAUAUAGAGUGCCAUCCAGGAUUUCGGACAGUUGGUGUCGACUCACUUCGUUGUCUUGCAAAUCAGACAUUAAGCGAUGUUGCUGAGUGUCGGGAUAUUGACGAAUGUGCUGAAGCUUGCACGCCUGCCUCAACUUUGAAGGCAACGUCCAUCGAGGCUUCAUCUGAGAAAGAGCAAUUCAAGGCUGAAAACUAUUCAACAACUGGAUGGUGCGCCGAUGAGGAUGAUCGUCAGAGGACAAUCACUUUUACAUUCGCGGUACCAAAAAUAAUAGAGCGAAUACGUAUCGAAAAAGUGUCAAAAGAGGCUUAUCCAACAGAAUUUGAGAUCAGAUAUUCAAAUUAUACCGGAGUUCCGUUGGAACAUUAUUUAGCUGGCAACAUCACAAGCUUACAAACGCGUAAUGUAGCUGUUGUUGGUGGUGAACUGCUGGUGCUUCCAAGAUCUAUUGAAGCUCGAGUAUUUCAGCUGGUUCUCAAAAAUUUUUCGCAAGAAGCGUGCGCUAAGUUUGAAAUUCUUGGCUGCCAUAAAACUAACUGUAUUGACAUUAAUGAAUGUGCCAAUAACAAUGGAAAUUGUGAACAAGUUUGUAUCAACACACAAGGAUCUUAUCGUUGUUCAUGCGAAACGGGUUACGAUUUAUUAAUUGAAAAUGGUCAGGGCGGAGUUUUUAUUAAGGAAGGAGAAACUGGAUCGAGUGUUUUGGAUAAAGUUCGAUUUAAUCAAAGUUGCGUUCCUAAAACGUGCCCAAAACUUACUGCACCGGUUAACGGGCUGCUGUUGACAACGGCAAAAACGUUCCAUUAUCCACUAGUUGUUGAGUUCCAAUGUCGCUUUGCUUAUCAGAUGAUGGGACCAAGUCAUCUAAAAUGCAUGCAAGAUGGGACCUGGAAUGGAACAGCACCAUUAUGCAUUCCAGCAACGUGUCAGGGAAUUCGGAACAAUUCAGCUAUUGGAUUAUUUGUAACUCCAGAAAAUAACACGAUUGCAUACGGUGGCAAUGUUUCUAUUGUUUGCAGUCAACAAAAUCGUCCAGCUGGUAACUCUCUCCUGGCUUCAUUUCGGCAAUGUAUUUACGAUCCACAAAAGGACGGACGUGAUUACUGGUUGUCUGGCCCAGAAGUAGAUUGUCCUUUAGUAGUUUGUGGACCACCUCCAGCGCUUGCAGGUGUUAUGUAUGAAGGCGACGACAAUUCAUACAAGGUUGGUUCAGCGUUUACCUUUAGUUGUCGGCCACCGUAUAGUUUAGUUGGAAAGUCAAGCUAUGAUGAUCGAAUCAUUCGCUGCAAUGUCGAUGGUAACUGGGAUCUUGGCGACUUACGGUGUGAAGGACCGGUUUGUGUCGAUCCUGGUUAUCCCGACGGAGGAGAAAUACAACUGGAUUCUGUAGAAGAAGGCGCUCAAGCUAAGUUUACUUGUACUCGCUCAGGCUACCGGCCAUUUCCGUCUGAUACAAUCAACUGCACCCUUGGCACAGCCUGUGUUUUGGCAGAAGACGUUGGAAUUUCAUCUGGGUUUAUCCCAGAUGGAGCUUUUGCAGAUAACUCUGAAACCACUACAUGGGGUUACGAACCUCACAAGGCUCGAAUGUCAUCAACUGGUUGGUGUGGUUCAAAAGAUGCUUUCAUCUUCUUAUCUGUUGACCUGCAAAGAAUCUAUACGCUUACAACAUUGCGUAUGGCAGGUGUUGCCGGAAGCGGGCAUCUUAGGGGUCACGUAACCAAAAUGCAACUGUUUUACAAGACUCAGUUUAGCCAAAAUUAUGAUACUUAUCCAGUGGAAUUUGCGACGCCAUCGGGUAAUCAUAACGCCAUGCAUCAAUUUGAACUUAAUCCUCCAUUACGCGCUCGAUAUAUCUUGCUGGGUGUUACUGAAUAUGAACAAAAUCCCUGCAUUCGUUUUGAUUUACAAGGUUGUCUCGCUCCUCUGUCGGUUGCUCAUGAAAUUCCUUCACACCUUCAGGUUGGUUGGAACGCAUCUGUCCCACAGUGCGUUGAUAGUGAACCACCGACAUUCCAUAACUGCCCACAAAACCCUGUUUAUGUUCUUACGGAUGAAAAUGGACAACUGCUGCCUGCAAGCUUUGAUAUACCGACUGCAGAGGAUAACUCUGGUUCUAUCUCCUACAUCCGUGUUACACCUGAAGAUUUUGAACCUCCACAAAUUAUCACAAAGGAUAUAAAUAUCGUUUACACAGCUUUCGACGAUGCAGGCAAUUCAGCAGAAUGUGUCGUUCAGUUGAGGAUACCUGAUACCCAACCACCAGUAAUGAAAUGCCCUGAUUCAUAUAUAAUUCCUGCUGUCGAAGGACAAGAGGAGGAAUUAGUUUAUUUCAAUGAUAGUUCCGUACAGAUGGUAAUUCAGGAUAUUUCUAACAUAUCAGAAGUUGUUUUUACUCCAACGGAAGCUCUGUUAACCCUUGGAUCUCACGUGACUGUUGAAGUAACAGCAACCGACAGCGUUCUGAAUAGGAAUAAAUGCAAAUUUCAAGUUUCACUCCAACCUAAGCCUUGUUCGCCUUGGUCGCUGUUCAGCGACAAGUCUGUCAAGAAAAAGUGUGUGCAACAAAAUAGUGAAACGGUAUGUACAGUAGCUUGCAUUCCUGGUUAUAUGUUCGUUGACGAUGACAGCUCCCUUCACAAGUUCACUUGUGGUGCCAGUGGUUUGUGGAGCCCAUCUGGUGUCGUACCUGCCUGCGUCCCGGUAGCCAAAGAACCCGCUCGUUACGAGUUGACGGUUGCAGUAAAUUAUUCCGUUUCAACACCCGUUGGUGCAGAUUGUCUAAAAAGCUAUACGGAGUUAGUAGCAGCAACAUUUGAUACCCUUGACGACACAUUAACCCAGCGUUGCUCGUCUUCCGUUCAAGUGUUUGUGCGAUUUUUAGAUGUGCAUUUUACCAGCAGUGGCCGCAGUGUCAGCGCAAAUUAUACUAUACAAAUAUUGCCAACCGUUCUACAAGAUGUAUUUUACGAAUUAUGCGGACUUACACUCCGGACAAUCUUCGACUUGCGCAUUCCAGGUGCGACAACCCCGGUUAGCAAGCUUUUGUCUAUUGCUGGAGACUCUAUAGCUACGCAAUCUGUAGCUUGUCCGUCUUUGAAUGCGACAAAAACGGCAAUCUCACAGGGUUUUGGUUGUGCUGACGGCGAAGUGUUACGGGGAACUGGGCAGGAAACUCUCCCAGUUUGCUUUCCUUGUCCGAAAGGCUCAGUUCACGUAAAUAAUACAUGUGAGCUAUGUCCAGUUGGGAGUUAUCAAGAUGAAGCUGCUCAACUCAGUUGUAAAGCCUGCCCAGAACAAACUUUUACCCAGUUUUCUGGAUCACAAUCUGUAAACGCAUGCUUACCUGUUUGCGGUAACGGUAUGUACAGCGAAACAGGUCUAGUACCCUGUCAGCUUUGUCCUCGUCAUACCUUUUCGGGUCCAUCGCUAUUCGGUGGUUACAAACAAUGUGAUUCGUGCCCGCAGGGGACAUAUACUGCAAAACUGGGAUCAACUGGCCCAUCGCAGUGUAAACAACCAUGCCCAACAGGACACUUUUCAUCAACUGGUUUAGAACCAUGCUCACCUUGUCCUAUUAAUUGGUACCAGCCAGCGUUGGGACAACAAAGAUGUAUUGAAUGCUCAAACAACACCGCGACAAGAGGUCCAGGUACUACUGAAGAAGGACAAUGUCAGCCGGUUGAUUGUUCUACAUUUAAAUGUGAAAAUAAAGCUAGUUGUACUGUAGAAAAGCAUAAAGCUAUUUGUCUCUGCAGACCGGGAUUUACUGGCCAACGAUGUGAACAACAAAUGCCACUAUGUGACACUCAACCAUGUUUGAAUGGUGGUAUUUGUGAGGUUGCAGCUGGAACGUUCCGAUGUAUCUGUCCACAAAAUUAUACGGGAAGUAGAUGCCAGUUUGGUCCUGAUGAAUGUAUUGGGGUGAGUUGUCCUAAUGGUGGAGUCUGCCAAGACCUUCCUGGUUUAGGAACUACAAAAUGCAUAUGCAGGCAAGUAACGGGUUUUACUGGACCAGACUGCUCCCAAAUAGUGGAUCCAUGUUCAAUGGAAAAUCCUUGCAAACAUGGGGCCGACUGCGUUCCUCUACAGCUGGGUAGAUUUAAAUGUAAAUGCCUUCCAGGAUGGACAGGUCCAACUUGUCUAGUUAAUAUCGAUGACUGUGCUGACAAUCCAUGCGCGCUGAAUGCAACAUGUACUGAUCUUGUAAAUGACUUUCAAUGCGAGUGUCCUUCUGGAUUUGGAGGCAAGAGAUGUCAUGAAAAGAUUGAUUUAUGUGCGCAGAAUCCCUGUGUUAACGGUCUCUGUGUCGAUGCACUUCAUAGUCUGAAGUGCGUUUGUGAACCUGGUUGGACCGGAGAAUUGUGUGAAACAAAUAUUGAUGAUUGUGCUGAUAAACCUUGCUUGAACGGCGCCACCUGUAAGGACCAGGUUGACGGAUUCACUUGCCAGUGUGCUCCUGGAUUUCAUGGUUCUCUCUGUCAGCACAUGACAAAUCACUGUGCGACUUCGCCGUGUCGAAAUAAUGCUACUUGUGUUAACAGGGGUGCUCAAUAUGAGUGCCAAUGUCUAUUAGGAUUUGAAGGAACCCACUGCGAGCACAACAUCAACGAGUGCGAUUUGCUUGGUAAAUGUUCACAGGAAGGUACGGAACUGUGUGAAGACUUUGUUAACGGUUACCGGUGUCACUGUCGACAGGGGUACACUGGAGAGCUUUGCGAAAUACAUAUUGACCAGUGCGCUUCUGAGCCAUGCAUGAACAAUGGAACAUGUAUUGAUGCUGGUCCAGAAUUUCGCUGUGAAUGUUCUCGAGGAUGGAAGGGUGCACGUUGUGAACUUGAAGACGGCUUAUGUGCACUUAAUCCAUGCCACAAUGAUGCACACUGCGUAAAUCUGGUUGCUGACUACUUUUGUGUUUGUCCGGAAGGCGUAAACGGCAAAAACUGCGAAACUGCUCCUAAUCGAUGCAUUGGCGAACCAUGCCAUAAUGGCGGUGUCUGUGGAGACUUUGGUUCACAUCUUGAAUGUACAUGUCCUAAAGAUUAUGUUGGACUUGGGUGCCAAUACGAGCUUGACGCAUGUCAGGAAAAUGUUUGUCAGAACGACGGUGAAUGCGUUCCAACAGAACAGAAAGGAUACAAAUGCGUAUGCAAACCAGGAUUUACGGGUAAGGACUGCGAGACCAAUAUUAAUGAUUGCGAAAGGACACCAUGUCCUUUAUCAGCAACAUGCAUAGACCAGGUCGAUGGAUACUUCUGCAAGUGUCCCUUCAAUAUGACUGGUGUCAACUGUGACAAAGCUAUUGACGUGGAUUACGAUCUCAGAUUUUACGAUCCUCUAUUACCAGCUACAGCAGCUUUGUCUAUACCUUUCAAAUUCUCGUCAAAAGCACUUUCGCUGUCGUUGUGGGUCAAAUUUGAUGCACCGUUCUCAAGAGGCACAGUAAUCACUGUUUACAACAGCAAGGAAGAGAAUUACCCAUCAAAAAUUAGUGAAUUACUUCGGGUAUCAGCUGAUAACGUUCAUCUGAACAUGUUCCAUGACGAAACACCCUUGAAUUUGCAUUUCCCAUCAAAUCAACGUCUUAACGAUGGUCACUGGAACAAUCUGGUAAUUACUUGGAAAUCCGAAAACGGUGCUUAUUCUUUAAUCUGGAAUGCUGUGCGAAUUUAUGCGGAUGUUGGAUAUGGCACAAACAAAAUGAUUGACAUCAACGCCUGGGUAUCUCUGGGUGAAGCUAUCAACGAUCCUCCUGGUGAACCAAAGUUUGUUGGUUCCGUUACCAGGAUUAAAAUGUGGAACCGAGUUCUUGACUUUGAAAGCGAAAUUCCUAGCAUUGUUCACGACUGCCAGUCACCUAACGAGCUUUAUGACGGUUUAGUUUUGCGGUUUGCUGGUUACAAUCGUUUAUCUGGGAAAGUUGAGAGAGUUGUGAAAAGUACAUGUGGUAGAGAACAGAACGGAAGGAAGUUGGAAAAGACUCUGCAAGUAGAGACCUGCCCAUCUGACAUAUUCGUUACCACUUUAAACAAAGAGGUAAACGUGUCCUGGGAAGAGCCUCGUUUUAUCUCGAAUGACGGCCCUAUUACAAUAGAAAGGAACUUAAAACCAGGUCAAGUGUUCACAUGGGGUGAAUACCUUGUAGUUUACCUCGCCAAAGAUAAGACGUCAUCGGCAGAGUGCACAUUUAAGAUUUAUGUGGUUCGCGAUUUCUGCCCCGAACUUGAAGACCCACCUCACGGUAUUCAAGCAUGUGAAUCUUGGGGUCCACAGCUACGUUAUAAAGCUUGUUCUAUACAGUGUGAGGGCGGGUACGAGUUUAGUAUAGAACCUCCAAUAUUUUAUUCAUGUGCUGCAGAUGGGAUGUGGAGGCCACGUGCGGAGAAUUCAUUUAUUUUCCGAUAUCCUCAGUGUUCUAAGGCUCAUCCAGCGUUGAGAGUCGCUGAUGUGACUAUCAAUUACCCGACAGUAUCUAUAUGUAACGCUGCUGGGAAGAAUACUUUAGCUGAGAAACUUUCUCAGCGAAUAAAACUUUUGAAUAAUAGACGAGGAAUUUUUGCACAAAAGAGCGAUAAUGGAACUGCACCAUUCAAUGUUACUGUGACCUGUUUAUCAGAAAAAGAUAUUUCACGCAAGCGGCGUGCAGCGGAUCAAAUUUUCCAUGUUCACAUUGCUAUUCCUAUUGCCAGUGAUACGAAAGAAGGUGAAAAGGCUAUCACUAAAAAGAUCAUUGAUGUUUUAGAAGAAGAAAUACUUUUGAAGGACAUCUUCAAUCUUGAACAGGUGCUUCCCAACGGUCGGCCAAAUUUGAAUUCAUUUGAGCUUAAAGAGCGUUACGUUUGCGAGCCAGGGCAUGUAAAUGUUAGAAGUUUAUGUGUCCCGUGCGCUCCUGGCUCUAUGUAUGAUGCCGCAACCAAAAAAUGUCAGCUUUGUCCUAUUGGUGAAUACCAAACAAAAACGGGUCAGAACUUUUGUAUAUCUUGUCCGGAAGGGCAAAUAACAACAAGCCUUGGUUCAACCCAGCUGGCGGAUUGUAAAACGGAAUGUGAAGCAGGCCAUAUGUUUGAUCUUCAAAAAGGGGUGUGUGAACCAUGUGGUUUUGGAUUCUUCCAACCAGUUCCUGGUUCAUUUAGUUGUCUACCAUGCGGCGUUGGAAAGACUACUUUAACAGAAACAUCUGCUAGCGAGGACGAAUGUCGCGAUGAAUGUCCAGAUGGCGAACAGCUUGUACAGGCUGGGGUAUGUCUUCCAUGUCCACAGGGAACUUACCGAACAAAAGGUGUUCACAAAGGCUGUAUUGAGUGUCCGCCAGGCACGACGACUGAAGGUCCAUCGUCAGUUAAACGAUCACAAUGUAAUACUCCACGCUGUACAGCCGGACAGUUCCUUGUCACUUCAACAAAGCAGUGCCAGUUUUGUCCACGUGGUACUUAUCAAGAAGAAGAACUUCAAACAAGCUGCAAAUUAUGCCCGCAAGAUUUUACUACAGCUUCACAGGGAGCAACCCAAGAAAGUCAGUGUUAUUCGACAAAUCAAUGCGCAACUGGUGAAGAUGAUUGCUCUUGGCAUGCUAUUUGUAUAGAUCUUCCAGAUGAAAAUGACGUUCCCUCUUACCAGUGCAAGUGUAAACCCGGUUACAAGGGUAAUGGAACUCAUUGUCAAGAUGCUUGUAACAAUUACUGUCUUAAUGAUGGUAUUUGUAAAAAGAAUCCAAUUGGUUAUGUUGAAUGCAUAUGUAAAGAAAACUUCUCUGGAGAGCGAUGUGAAGCAAGACUUCAAUUGAGAACGCAAAAAGUGGCGCUUAUAACGGCUGGAAUUGGUGGAAUUGUAGCAAUUCUCGUUAUAAUUGUUGUGAUAAUAUGGAUGAUAUCGUAUCGUUUCAAUCGUGCUGACGAUCUUUCUGAGCCAGAAAAGACACCGGUUGAAGAACCUGUACAAAGCAACUUUUUAUAUGGCCGUGGCUCUGUCGAACAACCAAGACCAAUUGGAUAUUAUUACGAAGAUGACGAUGAAUAUGAUAUGAAAACAAUGUAUGUUGGUGAUGAAGAAAAAGAAAUGGAAGAACGAGUACGGCAUGCUCAAGCACAUAUGUAUAUUCCAGGUGCAAAUCGUGAUGAGUGA